AUGUCUACAGGCGUAAUAUCAACCGACGCGAUACAGGACGCUCUACAACGCGCUAAAGAGCUCGCUGCUUCUUCCCACGCAAACGCACACAAACGACCAAUUUCGGACGAUUCAUCUAAUUUAUAUCCGACCAAAAGGGUCAAUUCCAUCGGAAACGCGAUGGAAAUGGGAGGAAGCAUGCAAAUCUCAACAUUGGGUCCAGGCCAUAUGGGCAUGGGAGGAGGUGGUAUGCCACCACAAGGUGGGGCUGGCGAAUGCAUUUGCGAAACCAUGGAGGUUCCUGAUCACUGCGUAGGAUUGGUUAUUGGACGUGGCGGGGAACAAAUAUCGCAAAUACAGACCCAAACAAGUUGCCGUGUUCAGAUGUCACCAGAGUCAGAUGCUAAUAACAUGCGUCAGUGUACAUUGCAGGGCACCAAGAUGGCUGUAGAUCGUGCCAGAGCAAUGAUUCAAGAGGUAGUCUCUGCUAGACUUAAAAAUCAAGAGGUAAUUAAUCGCGCGGGAAACCGUCCGCCACCGAAUCGUCCUGGAGGACAUUUCGACAAUUUCAAUCCUGGUGGUGGGGGAGUUGGUCGACAAAUAACUCAUGAAAUGCUUAUUCCUGGAGCAAAAUGUGGUUUGGUAAUUGGCAAAGGAGGGGAAACUAUCAAAAAUAUUCAGGAACAAACUGGCGUAAAAAUGCUUGUUGUUCAAGAAAAUCAAGAGAGUGGAUGUCAACCAAAGCCUCUUCGAAUAAUGGGAGAUCCUGAAAAAGUCGAAAAUGCUCGACGAAUGGUUGAAGACAUACUUCAGUCGCGUGAAGAUCAUCCACCUGGGCAGCGAUUCGGUGGUGCAUUUGGAGGUACACAAUUUUCAAUGCCUGGUGCACAGCGUUCCAUCGGUGAAGUAAUUGUUCCUCGCGCAUCUGUUGGUAUGAUUAUUGGGAAAGGUGGUGAGACGAUCAAAAGACUUGCAGCAGAAUCUGGUGCAAAGAUCCAGUUUAAGCCAGAUGAAGACCAGUCCACUCCUGAUCGUUGUGCUGUAAUACAAGGAACAUCAGAACAAAUAAGCAAAGCAACUGAAUUGAUAUCAGAUUUGGUUACCAAAAGUGGCGCAAUCGGUGGUACUGAAAUGUUUUACAUGCAUGUGCCAUCUAACAAAACUGGUCUGGUGAUCGGCAAGGGUGGUGAAACUAUUAAACAGAUAUGUGCAGAAAGUGGAGCGCAUGUGGAACUUUCACGCGACCCGCCACCAAAUGCUUCUGAAAAAGUCUUCAUUGUGAAAGGAACCCCAUAUCAAAUACAUCAUGCGCAACAUAUCAUACGAAUCAAGGUGGGAGAUAUAUCUCCUGGAACACCAGUUCCGCAGUUUAUGGGACAAGGUGGACCAGCCGCCGCUGGUGAUUCAUUCGGAGUGGCUCAUGCUGCUGGCCAAGGCGCACCACAGCCUUACGGUAAUGGAACAGCUCAGUUUGGUGCAGCACAAGCAGGAGCGCAGUGGAAUAGUAAUUUUGGUAAAUUUCUUGUCGUUGAUUUUUUAAUGGCGUUUUUGGAGAAUUCAUUUUGUCAGAAUGAUCCUACGCAAGCCGCGUGGGCCCAGGCUCAGGCUCAACAAUAUUAUGGACAGCAAGGGCAGCAGCAGCCAGGUUAUCAGCAAAAUGCGUAUGGAACACAAUAUCAGCAGCCUAGCGCACAACCUCAACCAGCUCAAGCAAGUGCAGCUCCUUCAGUGAAUCCACAAACAGGACAGCCAGAUUAUAGUGCGCAAUGGGCUGAGUAUUAUCGUAGUAUAGGUAUGCAUGAACAAGCCGCACUUAUCGAAAAUCAAUUGAAACAGAGUGCUGCUGCAGCGGUUGCAGUUGCCGCACAGUCCAAUUCACAACCAGCGCGUCCUCAGCAACCGGCGUAUGCUUAUGGACAGUCCGUUGUUACGGGAGCACAAAAUCAGUUUAGCUAUGGUGCUCCUCAAGCCCAACCUCAGGCUGGCUAUCAGUUUCAACAGCAAUAUUGA